AUGCCUUCUCCAGCCUCAGUUUUGGCCCCUGCGCGCUCUGGCAUUCAGACUACAUCCUCUGGAGAACAACACAUCCCUCAGUCUGUGCGGGCGGACGGCUCGGUACGGAAGGAGAUCAGAGUUCGUCCAGGAUACCGGCCGCCUGAAGAUGUGGAAGUCUACAAAAAUCGCACUGCCGAUGUUUGGAAGACGCGAGGCAGCGGUGGUGUACCUGGAGCUGAGGGAUUGAAGGACACUGAAGAGACGGGUGAAGGGACCAAGGGAAAGAACGCAAAACGUAGAGAAGCACGAAAGAAGGCGAGAGCAGCUGAAGAGUCUGACAAGAAUGAGGAAAUCGGAGAAGACAAGACAUCCAGAGGCGGCAAUACAAAACCUACCGGCCCAGAAACCCAAGUCAGCACGGAGAAACGUAGCGAGCGCGUUGAACCAUUAACAGUCGAAGAAGAGCCAGAUGCAGAAGCAGAAAGAGAGAAGCAAGCAAGAAAUCUUAAGAAAAAGUUGCGGCAAGCAAGAGAGCUCAAGGAGAAGAAGGAAUCAGGAGAGUCACUGCUACCAGAACAAUUUGCCAAGGUGAUCAAGAUCCAAGAAUUGAUUCGGCAAUUGGAUUCUUUGGGGUUUGAUAGCGACGGAGCAAGGAAGCUUGCAGAUGUCCGAUGA